ACUGGUCUUUCAUAAACUUAAGAGAUGCCGUUAAAAAAAAAAAAAAACUUAGAUGCCGUAAAUUAGCUGCAUCCAUAAAAAUAAGUUAUUUUCUACAUCUGAAUCAUAGCCACGUCAGUGCUGUUUGUUCUAACCAAAACCGUUUUAAAAUUCGUCACGUCACAUUCGCCACCGUUUUAGUGGAAAAUCACUCAUCUUACGUCCGCUAAACCUGAGCUCGCUCUAGAAGUUCUCCGACACAAGAUGGCCGCCAUUUACUUACUCCGCCGACAGCUGUUAUCUACGGCUUCGCAAUCGUAAACACGAAGAUUGUCUAUUAAAACAAUAUUCGACGGUUUUAUUUGCAAGAUGGGUGUAAAUGUGAAUUUAAUGAAUAAUUUCCAUACAAAAAUAUGGUUGGUUGAACAUUCCAUUUGAAAAGUAUAAUUGAAUGUUAUUGUUGCGUUUUCUUUUAAGGGAGUGAACGCUCUUUCUUACGAGCGAGCAGACUUUCUGUCACAUGACAAGGCCGGGCAAAUCACCUGAUGCCUCCGUGACGGUACGCCCCGCCCAUUUCGUUUGUCAAUCACUCGCCGCGGCGCGCCGCGAAGGUUAGCUCUUGACCGUGGCCGGCGUCAGCCGUCAUUGUGAGUCGCCGUCAAGUUAUCUCCGAGCAACUCCUCCCUUCCCUUCCCUGGGAUCCACUUGCCAUGGCGGCCGCAGUCAGAGACCCGCCGCCGACUCACAGCGACUUCCAGGAGGUGGAGGAUGCCGACGACCUGUUCCCGUUGCUGGCGGGCGGCCCUCGCGAGGAAGCGCAUCCGAACGGCGGAAAAUCCAACGGGCCCAAGAUGGAUUAUGACGACGACGAUGAUUUGUUUGCGGCCACGGAGGAAGUGUCGCUGGACAGUCCGGAGAGAGGUGCGCUGCUGUCGGACGGCCCGUCGCCCGUCAUCACCCCCGUCACGCCGCCCGUCUCCGGCACGGGACACGCUCACGACGACAUGUUUACGCACUCCUCCUUUGACGAGAUGGAAGAAGAUGAGUUCGGCGACAAGUCGGACAUUGCCAUUUCGGUGUCGGACCCCGAGAAAGUUGGCGACGGCAUCAACGCGUACGUGGCCUACAAAGUGACCACCAAGGCGUCGCCGCCUUCGCCGUUAUUCAGGCUCCCCGAGUUCUCGGUCAGGCGCCGCUUCAGCGACUUUCUGGGCCUUCACGGGAAGCUGGCGUCAAAGUACGCGCACGCGGGCUACAUCGUGCCCCCGGCGCCGGAGAAGAGCAUCGUGGGUACGUCGCUACGGCGACCCGGAUGCGCGCUCGACGAGACGCGCCCGCGCCACAGUAACGUAUACAGGGUUUGUCACGUGUCGAGUGCAGGUAUGACCAAAGUGAAGGUCGGGAUGGAGGACCCUUCGUCUAAUGAGUUUGUGGAGAAAAGAAGGUCGGCCUUAGAGAGAUUCCUGACACGUACGGCGCAGCAUCCCGUCCUCCUCAAGGAUCCCGACCUGGUGCAUUUUCUGGAGAGUUCCGAGUUGCCGCGGGCUAUCAAUACGCAGGCCGUGAGCGGCGCCGGCAUCCUCAGGAUGGUCAACAAGGCGGCCGACGCCGUCAACAAGAUGACCAUCAAGAUGAACGAGUCGGACGCCUGGUUCGAGGAGAAGCAGCAGCAUUUUGAGAAUCUCGACUUACAACUGAGGAAACUUCACGCCAGCAUCGAGUCUCUCGUGUGUCACAGGAAAGAGUUGUCUUUGUACGGAGCCCAGUUCGCCAAGUCGGCCGCCAUGUUGGGCAACAGCGAAGACCACACGGCGCUGUCCCGCGCUUUGUCCCAGCUGGCCGAGGUGGAGGAGAAGAUCGAGCGGCAGUACCGGCAGCAGGCCGACGCCGACUUUUUUUUCCUGUCCGAGCUCCUCGGAGAUUACGUGCGCCUGCUGGCCGCCGUCAAGGGCGUGUUCGAGCAGCGCGCCAAGUCCUGGCAGAAGUGGCAAGACACUCAACUUCUCCUGCAUAAGAAGCGAGAGGCCGAAGUCAAACUGCAGUUCUCCAACAAAUCCGACAAAGUGCAGCAGGCCAAAGACGUCAUCAAAGAGUUGGAGGGCAGAGUGCUGCGGUGCGAGCGGGAAUUUGAGCAAAUUUCCAAAGUCGUUCGCCGGGAAGUGAGUCGCUUCGAGACGGAACGGGUCGACGACUUCAAGAGCGUCAUUACCAAAUACCUGGAAGGCCUCGCGGUCACGCAGCAACAGCUGAUUAAGUACUGGGAAGCGUUCUUACCAGAGGCCAAAGCCAUCUCAUAGAGCUCCCGCAAUCGACCCGGCCUCCUCCUUUCUCUGCAAAAUUGGAGCUAACGUGCUAACGGGACCUUCUAAUCUUUCAUUCCUCAUCACUUGAGCAGGACGGGCAUUUAUUGUGGCCAAAAUGUGAAACCGGAACAUUUCUAACUUGUAUAUGUCCAUACUAUUUGUGUUAACCACUCAAACGCUAUGCUAACUCGCAGCUAAAUAGCACGAAAGAACACUUCGAUUGUUUUUCAUGGCUUCAUCUUAAUUUAUUGGUGUUUUAUUAUACUUUGUAGACAUUGCCGCCGAUGUGCUAGCGAGCUAACAAAACACUAAAGAACCGGCACGUCCGUUUGGAAAGAUGCCAGAGCCCGUUACUUUGUCACGCAGCUAAGCUAACCAUGUUAAACCAUUGCGGCUAAAUGCAAAACAAGAAAAUCCGUCAGCUGAUUUGUUAGAAUGUGACAAAGGGACAGCCUUAACUUGAAAUUGUUAUGCUUUUUUUUUUUUUUAUGUUAAUAAAAUAAUGGCAACCUGCCUGUCCUUAUACAAUUUCAAUAGAUUGGGGGGAGCGUGCUAGCUAAUCAACAAAAUGAUCAUUUCUUGUUGCUAAAAUGGGAAACAGAAAAUGAGAUAUUGACUGUAUUGUUUGUUCACUUGGUAUGCAAGUGGCUAGUGUGGCCUGCCUGCAAAUGAAAAACAUUCUUUUAUGGAUUAACAUUUCAAUACCAAAAGAGUUUGUCCUCCCACUUGUUUGUCUUCAUUUAAGACUAUUUCUCUCCUUUAUUUGAUCUUAUGAAGGCACUUUUUUUUUUCAUUUUUGCCAAUGAACUUUCAUAUUUUGUAACUGCUGUGAAAUGUCAUUUACAUGUGAUGAAAAUAAAGAAUGUAUUCUCUUCA